UGAUAACCUACCAGAGAUAUAAUCAACAAAGUAUUAAUGGUGGUAGUGUGCAUAUUGUUCAUCUUGAAGCUUGUUGAUGGUUCUGAGCCAACCACUUUAGAGCAGAUAGAAGAGAUAAGCGCCACCAGAGUUUGGUUAAAAGUAGUUGAACCGACUUUAAAUAAGCUUAUUGAGGGAGAAAGAGGUAUAUUUACCUUCCAUCAUACUCACCUAUCGAGAAGGUUUGAUCAUAGUAUCAAAAAGACGAUUUUUUUGAUAAUAAUAGUACAUGUAAUCCCUUGAACCGUAAAGGCUUGUCCCUGAGAUAAUUUAGCAACCUGUAAAUGAUGGAUAAAGUACUUGACUUGAUUCUUUAACCUCUGUCUUUCUUUGGGAGAAAAACAAACAAACUCCCCCCCUUUAAAAUUCCUAGAAUAGCUAUAAUGUCCUAUCUUUUUUUUUAGUUAGUUAGUUAGUUUGAUGGAUAAUACAGCGUAUACCAGUUUUAUUUUAAAUAAAAA